UGCUCUUCAUUAUCUCAGUCUAGGUGCCUAAGAAACGAAAAUAAUUCACCCAAAUAUGUUAUUUGGUUAUUUACAACUCGUCUCAUUAAAAAACAACAACAAAAAAGAAUAAUAAAACAAUCCAACUAUUUGAACUUUCAAAUAGAGAACGUGAACAGUAAUUAGAUAAGAUGUUGACUCAAAAAGGGAAACCAUAAGUAUCAAAAUGGAUCGAAAACGGUCAGAAUGCCGUAGAUACUUUAGAGGCGACCCGAGCAAAUUCAGAAAAGGAGAACCUCCGUGGCCUUUGAAAGCCCACCAUAAAGGACAGAAGCCAAAACCGAAUAGAGUGGAGCCGUGACUUGCCCUUUCCUUGUGUUCACUUAUUUAAGGGCUUCUUUCCCAUUUUUCACUGCCCUUAGGCGACUGGUGGGUGAAGAUGGGAGCUAUUUGGUGUGUAAGGUGUGUGAGAGGAUCUGCAAAUUCAGGUUGUGUCCCCUUCCGAGCCUCUCCACAGAAACGGCUCCAUCACCCGGUUCACUAUGAGCAGACAGCCCGGUCCCGGGGGCCUUACAUUCAAGCUGUAAAUUGGAAAUACCACCGUCAGGACACCGGAGUUCAAUCCGCACGCAAAGCCGGGAACGUCCCAACCGCUGCACCCGAGGUAAAGACAGGGAAACAAAGUUUUGCCGUCAACCUUCAGAUUGGUCCCGGGACAGGAUACCAAACAGGCGGACGCCCCGCGCAGGUUCCGACGGCUCCUCCGCACUUUCCGGGCUCUUGGCGCCAAAAGAACCCAGCGCUUCCGUCCCCUGCCGGGACUACACGGCACGUAAGACGCGCCAUCAACAAUCCUCCGCCCCGUCAAAUAGUCCCGUUUGGAUGAUCUCAGAUAUACACUUUUCCACGUCAAAAAGCCUUCAGUGGAAACAAAAUGAGACUCAGAGAUGCAUCGCUUUUCUGCUCUGAUGUAAAUGUGGGCUUUUCUCGUCAAUUUCUCCUCACAGAUCCCUCCGCCAGAAAUUGUAUUCUCUGAGCCUUCACUUCCGGGUCCGCCAUUUUGUUGCCUCCAUUUCUCCACGAGGGGGGGUUCAAGGCCCCCAAAAUAUGUAUAUAUGAAAAGGCCAAAAAGUAACCGUCAGUGACAGGGAGUCUUAACUAGAGAAGGAAACGGGACCAAACUGGCGGGCUCGGUGAAAGCGCGGCCGGCAGCGUCCCGGACGAGGAGAGUCCCUUGAGCAGCAGAGAUUAUCCGUUCCUCUCCGUCUUCCCAGGUCUUCUUUCUGUCUUAAGCAUCUGUGGAAAAGGACAUUCUGUGGCUUACCCUCCAACAAUUUAACAACAUUUUUGGUCGUCUGGGACCAUAUUUCCGUCGUGACCCAUCCGGCCCAAUGGAGAUGUUCUUAAACAUCUAUUUCAUACCAUCUGCUUCCUGAAAACUUCUGUUCCUAUGCAUAAAGAUGUCUUUGGUGGACUUGGGGAAGAGGUUGCUAGAAGCAGCAAGAAAAGGGCAAGAUGAUGAAGUGAGAACAUUGAUGGCAAAUGGUGCCCCAUUCACAACAGAUUGGCUUGGAACAUCACCCCUCCACCUUGCAGCUCAGUAUGGUCAUUAUUCCACAGCAGAAGUGCUCCUUCGAGCAGGCGUUAGCAGGGAUGCCCGGACCAAAGUGGACAGGACCCCUUUGCACAUGGCUGCAGCUGAUGGACACGCGCACAUCGUGGAACUGCUUGUUAGGAAUGGUGCAGAUGUCAAUGCCAAGGACAUGCUGAAGAUGACAGCUUUACAUUGGGCUACAGAGCACCACCAUCGAGAUGUUGUAGAGCUACUUAUCAAAUAUGGAGCUGAUGUCCAUGCUUUCAGCAAGUUUGAUAAAUCUGCUUUUGACAUAGCCCUGGAGAAAAAGAAUGCUGAGAUUCUGGUCAUCCUUCAGGAAGCGAUGCGGAAUCAGGUGAAUGCUAAUCCCGAGAGAGCCAACCCUGUGACUGUGACUGCCCCAUUCAUCUUCACAUCUGGAGAAGUUGUCAACCUUGCUAGCCUUGUUUCUUCAGCCAACACCAAAACAACCUCAGCUAAUUCAGAGGAAAUCAUAGAGGGAAAUUCUGUUGACUCAUCAAUCCAGCAAGUUGUGGGGAGCGGAGGCCAAAGGGUCAUCACUAUAGUAACUGAUGGAGUCCCUCUGGGUAAUAUCCAAACUGCAAUCCCUACUGGAAGCAUUGGCCAGCCAUUUAUUGUAACUAUGCAAGAUGGACAGCAAGUUCUCACUGUACCUGCUGGUCAGGUUGCAGAGGAAACUGUAAUUGAAGAAGAGGAAGAAGCAGAGAAGUUGCCUCUGACUAAGAAACCAAGGAUAGACGAGAUGACAAACAGUGUGGAGGAGAACAAGGAGGGCGCUGAAAGAGAGCUACUACAACAGCAGCUCCAGGAAGCCAAUCGAAGAGCUCAGGAAUACCGACACCAGCUCCUAAAGAAAGAGCAGGAGGCAGAACAGUACCGCCUCAAGCUAGAGGCCAUGGCCCGACAACAGCCCAAUGGAGUUGAUUUCACCAUGGUUGAAGAGGUGGCAGAAGUAGAUGCUGUAGUAGUUACAGAGGGGGAGAUGGAAGAGAGAGACAUGGCAGUAACUGGGGCAGGAGGGACCAUAGAGCCUCAUCCUGCAGUUUCCUUGGAAACUGUUUCAUCUUAAUGUGCCAGGGCCACAACCUGUACUAUGUCCAUCUUUUUCUCUUUUUAAAAGAAAAUAGAGAGGACAGACAUUGUAUAAAAAUUAAGAAUGUCCUUAAGAAUAAAACUAUAGCUGGGUACAGUGCUUGGGCUCAGGAAGGCUUGCUAUGCAACUGGAAAAUUCAAAGCCAAAUUUAGGGAACACUUCUUUUGAGGGACCAAAAGAAUAAGGACCAAAUUUCUCAGCUCACAUCAUUGCUUUAAGCUUAGAAGUAAAAGAAUGCUGGAAAUUGUGGGUUGAUUGUUUUUUAAAUAACUGACUUUGUAUCAGAAGAUUUAGAUAACAUUCCUAGUAUGGACACACACAGAGCCUUUAAUAAUUGUACCAUCAAGUGACCUUAAAAUUUGUCUUAGGUUUACGAUGUAUACCUGAUAGAAAAGAAAACUGGGAGGUGGAUUAGAAGCAAGAUUUUGGGAAGAGAAAGAAAUAUAUUCUGCUUCCAAAGGAGCAGGCAUUCCCCUCUAUCCUGAAUUAAUUUCACUGAAAAGAAAUUGGUAAUUGCCUAAUUCUGCAUCCAUUAUGUGUCUAUAAAUCAGAUGCCAGUUUAAGAAAAUGAAGUGGAAUAUUUAAAAACUGGAAAGGGAAGAAAACUUGUUUGUGGGAGAAGUGUAUGUAAAUCCAAAAUCCUCCAGGCUGUGCUUCCACAAUGCUGGAAAGUGGCCAGAAAGAGGAUUGUGGGGUUAUAUAACAAUCUGGUCUUGAGAUACAAACUUUGUUCUGGCUGGAUUUUAUAAAAUUGCAAUCAGGAGGGUAGUCUUUGCUAGAACAACUUGCUUCCAAACAUUUAUUUAUAUAAUAUCAAGCUUUAAUAUCAACUUUUUAAUUUCAUAAAAUUUUUGUUGAGUUUUCUAAGUGUGCCUUUCUGUGGAGCUUAUAUGGUAUCCUCCUAAUUGCAAAAGAAGUCGGGAAAGAGGUGAGUGCUGAUAGUGUUGGUGGAGUUUUGUUUCCAUUUGGCUUGGGAUGAGGAAAUUGUUCUUUUUCCUCAAGGUCUGACUUUGUGCAGAGCUUUUGUGCUUUAUGGGUGCCCAGUGUGUGUUGGCAAAGGAAAUAAAAAACUAGCAGUGCCAUAAAGUAAGGAACCAAAAA